UGUUUAAUGUGUGGUGGUAUCCUAUGUGCAGAACAUUUUAUCUGAAACUUUGCAGUAGCCCCGAACUUUUUGACUUCCAAGGUGGAAGGGGUAGAUUCUUGAAUACUCCUGUGCCUACAAAAUAACCAAAAAUGAAGGAGGACAAUUGUUUACAUGCCGCUCUUAUCUGCCUGGGCAUGCUGUAUUACAGCCAUGCCAUAACUACAGAAAAACUGAACCACGCAAGGCCAUCACUUCAUGGUCACCAUGAAAAAGGGAAAGAAGGACAAGUUCUGCAUCGUUCAAAAAGAGGCUGGGUGUGGAAUCAGUUCUUUGUUAUAGAAGAGUAUACGGGACCAGAUCCUGUACUAGUAGGAAGGCUUCAUUCAGAUAUUGAUUCUGGAGAUGGAAACAUUAAAUACAUUCUCUCAGGUGAAGGAGCAGGAAUCAUUUUUGUUAUUGAUGACAAAUCAGGGAACAUCCAUGCAACAAAGACACUGGACCGGGAGGAGAGAGCUCAGUACACUCUCACGGCACAGGCUGUAGACAGGAACACUAACAGACCUUUGGAACCACCUUCUGAAUUCAUUGUUAAAGUUCAAGAUAUAAAUGACAACCCGCCUGAGUUUCUUCAUGAAAACUACCAUGCCAAUGUGCCAGAGAGAUCAAAUGUAGGUACAUCAGUUAUUCAGGUAACAGCUUCAGAUGCUGAUGAUCCUACCUAUGGGAACAGUGCCAAAUUGGUUUACAGUAUUCUUGAAGGUCAGCCGUACUUCUCGGUGGAAGCUCAAACAGGAAUUAUCCGAACUGCCCUUCCGAAUAUGGACAGAGAAGCUAAGGAAGAGUAUCAUGUUGUAAUACAGGCAAAAGAUAUGGGAGGACACAUGGGAGGCCUCUCAGGGACAACCAAAGUGACAAUUACACUUACAGAUGUCAAUGACAACCCACCAAAGUUUCCACAGAGUGUGUACCAGAUGUCGGUGUCGGAAGCAGCUGUCCCAGGAGAGGAAGUAGGAAGAGUGAAGGCCAAAGAUCCAGAUAUUGGGGAAAAUGGCUUAGUAGCUUACAGCAUCAUUGAUGGAGAUGGCAUGGAUAUGUUUGAAAUUACAACAGAUUAUGAGACUCAGGAAGGUGUUGUAAAGCUUAAGAAGCUCUUAGAUUUUGAAACCAAAAAGUCCUACAGUCUGAAGGUAGAGGCAGCCAACGUACAUAUUGAUCCUAAGUUCAUCAGCAAUGGGCCAUUCAAGGACACAGUAACAGUGAAGAUAUCAGUGGAAGAUGCUGAUGAGCCACCUGUAUUUUUAAAACCAAAUUAUAUUUUUGAAGUACAAGAAAAUGCAGCAUCUGGUACUGUGGUUGGGAAAGUACACGCCAAAGACCCUGAUGCUGCAAACAGUGCUAUAAGAUAUUCAAUUGAUCGUCACACUGACCUUGAAAGAUAUUUUAUUAUUAAUGCAGAAGAUGGCAAUAUCAAGACAAUAAAAGCUUUGGAUAGGGAAGAAAUUGCUUGGCAUAAUAUCUCUGUCUUUGCAGUUGAAGUCCGUAAGUAUUUCACGGAGAUACUUUAUAAUCAAUGGUAUAAAUUCUGUAACAAACAACACCAGGAAGCCAAAGUUCCAGUUGCAAUUAAGGUUGUUGAUGUCAAUGACAAUGCUCCAAAAUUUGCAGCAGCCUAUGAAGCAUUUGUCUGUGAGAAUGCUCGAAGCAAUCAGCAAUUUAUUACAAUUAGUGCUGAUGACAAGGAUGACUCGGCCAAUGGACCAAGAUUUAUCUUCAGUUUACCACCUGAAAUUAUUCAUAAUCCAAAUUUUACUCUCAGAGACAACAGAGAUAACACAGCAAGUGUUCUUGUUAGACGUGAAGGAUUUAGUCGCCAAAAGCAAGAUUUGUACCUUCUUCCCAUUGUAAUAAGUGAUGGCGGACUGCCCCCUAUGAGCAGCACCAACACCCUCACCAUUCGGGUCUGCGGCUGUGACAGCAAUGGCUCCUUGCUCUCCUGCAAUGCUGAAGCCUACAUCCUCAAUGCUGGAUUAAGCACUGGAGCUUUAGUUGCCAUUCUUACUUGCAUUGUGAUUUUGUUAGUCAUUGUAGUGUUGUUUGUAACACUGAAAAGGCAGAAAAAAGAACCUCUGAUUGUUUUUGAAGAAGAAGAUGUCCGAGAGAACAUUAUUACUUAUGAUGAUGAAGGUGGAGGGGAGGAAGAUACUGAAGCUUUUGACAUAGCUACUUUGCAGAACCCUGAUGGCAUCAAUGGAUUUAUUCCUCGUAAAGACAUAAAACCUGAGUAUCAGUAUAUGCCAAGACCAGGGCUUCGGCCGGCUCCUAAUAGCGUUGAUGUUGAUGAUUUCAUCAACACAAGAAUACAAGAGGCUGAUAACGAUCCAACUGCUCCUCCGUAUGACUCUAUUCAGAUCUAUGGCUAUGAAGGGAGAGGCUCAGUGGCUGGUUCACUUAGCUCAUUAGAGUCAGCGACAACAGAUUCUGAUUUGGACUACGACUAUCUACAAAAUUGGGGACCUCGAUUUAAGAAACUUGCAGACUUAUAUGGCUCCAAAGACACUUUCGAUGAUGAUUCUUAACAAUAAAGUUUAAGAUUUGGCCUUAAGAACUGUGUCCGCUGUUCUGAAGAAUCCAGAAGAAAUGUAAGCAGGUAUUUUUUUAAAAAUCAAGAAAAAUCUCAUUUAAACCUUUAAGUUUGAUAGAAAGGAUUCCUUUGCUAAAAAAGGACAUAAAAGUGGUAAAUACUGUGAAGUACCUUUUCCUACAAAAGGCAAAUAUAGAAGUUGGCUGCCAACUUCACUAGAGGAAAAAACCCACUUAAGAAAUACAAAAUAUUUAAAUGAAGGAAAAUGCUAAAAGUGAACCUUUUAUGUAUUAUGGGAAUACAUAAAUACGGGAAUUAAGGGAAAUCUUUUAUGUGUUAUGAACAUCUAAAUCUUUUAUGUCAAAGAAGCUUCCACAAAUUAGAAAAGAUAACAGUUCUGAGCUGUAAUUUCGCCUUAAACUAUGGACACUCUAUAUGGUAGUGCAUUUUUAAACUUGAAAUAUAUAAUAUUCAGCCAGCUUAAACCCAUGUGAUGUAUGUACAGUACAAUGUACAAUUAUUAUGUCUCUUGAGCAUCAAACUUGUUACUGCUGAUUCUUGUAAAUCUUUUGCUUAUACUUUCAUCUUGAACUAAUACGUGCCAGAUAUAAAAACUCUGUCUUGUUGCAGUGGGAGGCGCCCUAUUUCUAUGUCAUUUUUAAUGUAUCUAUUUGUACAAUUUUAAAAUUCUUAUUUUAGUAUACAUACAAAUAUCAGUAUUCUGACAUGUAAGAAAUGUUACAGCAUCACACUUAUAUUUUAUGAACAUUGUACUGUUGCUUUAAUAUGUGCUUCAAUAUAAGAAGCAGACUUUGAAAUAAACUGAUUCUUUUUUAAUUCUUGUUCUGGUUAUUAAGCAUAUAAGGAAAAACAUAGUGUUUCUAAUGUCCCAUUUAUAGUUCUGACUAAUUUACUACAAUUGUGACCUUUUAAUAGCCUUAUUUAUUAUGUGUUUGUAGUUGGUUUGUUGCCUUGUUAAGUGAUUAUUUAAAAAUCAAGUACAUUUUACAAAUGUUUUUUAGAUUAAAAAAAUGUAAUGUCUGGUGAACAUUUUGUACCCUCUCUAUCUACAGCUUGUGGCUGCUGCCAGAACACAGUAAUAAUCUUCAUAUAGUACUACUGUGUUUUCUGGAUUAAAUUAAGUGUAAUACUUUUCAAUAUUUCCCAUGUAAUAUGCAUUUAUCUUAUAUCUUAGAAAUUCCAGAGGUUUCGAAAAUUACUUUAUAAGUGGACAGGAGUACUCUGUACUUACAAUUUACUCCAGGCUUGUGAAUUUCCGUAUCUGUGCUAAGCUUCUGCGGGUUCUAGAGACUUAAAUCUGACCCAGUUUAGCUAUAAGUUCCCUAAAGACUGUUCUACCUGACAAUUACCUUACCUGAGUAGUAAUUAAGAUUCUGGCACUUACUUUUUUUUUUUCUUUUGAUCUUUUUUUUUCGUUUACUGCAGUAGAAUAGCAUCGUCUACUGAUAGGAAGACAUUUUAAUUUGUGAUGACGGAAAUACAGAGUGCUUUCAGAGUUGUUCUUUGUAUUGUAUGUUUUUAAUGGAAAAAUGAUCUAUAACUUUUUUUAUAUUAGUUCAGAAUGAGCAAGGGAUUGGAAUAUGUUCCGCGCAUCAACAUUUUCAGCAUUUGUGUACAGCUGUACUUCUGCUAAAUUUAAUAUAGUUUGCUGUUUAGGGUCAGAGAUCAGCAGCUGCAAUAUGGGAAGAGGCAAUAAAUAGAAAAGAUACACAUUUUUCUACCGUUCAUUUUACAGACCCUGUCCUUCAUUUGCAGUCAGGUACCAAACUGCUUGAUCUGAGAGGAAAUCUGAUUUGUUGGUGUAUUGCUUUUCUGAAGACCCCCAUAUAUAUACUUAGAUUAAAAUUUAACUCAUUAAAAUUAUGAAUGAUGUUUCAGUGCUAUAUUCAUAACAUAUUCACUUGUCCCAUUAUGUCCCUAUGAUGUUUUAUAAGGCAGAGUUUGCUAAAUCAGCAGAUUUGCUCUACAAUGUUUAUUGUAAUAUUUCACUUUAUUAUAGCUGUAUGCAUUCUAUAUAAUUCUAUAGGUUAUUAUUAACUCGGUUCAAAUUUCUUUGGUUGUUGAUUUUUCUCUGUUUAUAAUCCAAAGAAUAUUUUGCUAGAUUUGCACAUUUCUCCAUUAUAAAUUUAAAUAAACAUUAAAAAAUGAAAUGAGUAUCAAUUUACAAAUUAACAAAUGGAAAUAAAGUAAAAAAAAAGUAAUUUGUAGGACUCCAUCCUCAUUGAUGCUAUCUGGGUUUAUUUCACUAUUGAGCAAGUUUUAGAAUUAAUAACUGCAUUUUCUACAUUUUUAUGUUUAAUUUUAAGGAGGACAUUGUCAACUACAUUUUUUAAUAGUUUUAAAUGCUUUGAGUUUUAGUCUCUAUUGUUUGUAGCACUCUCGUAGAUGCUUGGAAAUAAAUUUUCUUUCCCUGC